AUGAAUUUGACUGAAGCAUCCUUAAAGGCAUUAUCAUCAUCAUCAUCAUCAUCAUCAUCAUCAUCAUCAUCAUCAUCAUCAUCAUCAUCAUCAUCAUCAUCAUCAGGUCCACAUUUCUGUCCUUCUGGCUGGACUCGGAUCUUCAGUCGCUGCUUUCUCUAUGURAAUAAAUACAGGACGUGGGCGGAUGCAGAGAAAAACUGUCUGUCCAUGAGGGCAAACCUUGCAUCAGUUCACACCAGGAACGAGUACCAUCAGGUUCAGAAACUGAUAACUGCAGCAUCUCCCCGGACCAAAAUAGCAUGGAUUGGAGGCUCUGAUGCACAGCAGUGGGGCACUUGGUUGUGGAGCGAUGGAAGCCUGUUGAGCUACACUAACUGGUGUAAAUGGCAGCCUGAUAAUUUUUUUCUCUCCCAGCACUGCUUAGUGAUGAACUAUUCAGGUGGAAAGUGCUGGGAUGAUGAUAACUGUAUUGUAAGGUGGCCUUAUGUCUGCGCCAAGAAGGUCUGAAAAAAAGGUUCCCAAAGAGGCCUGAUGUGUAAAACAGAACCAGUGCAACCUAAGGAAUGAAGCGACAAGCAAACAGCAGCUGGAUYGUCUCUCUGUAAUAAGAUCAGACUGAAUGAGUUAUAAUAAAAGAUUAUCUAAGCAAAACUUUGAGGAAUCAAAACAA